AUGGCGCCCGACAGAGGACUGCGACGGGGCCCAGACUACCAGUCCAUCUCCCCCAGCGCCCAUACAACCUUGCGCGACGAAGAUGAUGGCGCCAAUGCACGAGAGCCCCGGCGCCGAAGAAGUGAAGCUCGCCGAUUCAUCGCGAGCCAUGCCAGCGAAGGACAGAAUUUCACCGUUCGCGGCAUCUUGGUAGGCCUGGGAGUGGGCCUCAUCAUAUGCUUCUCCAACAUGUACUUCGGGCUACAAACGGGCUGGGUGUCGAGUAUGAGCAUGCCAGCCUCCUUGAUUGGAUUUGGCUUCUUCAAGACCCUGGCCAAACACCUCGAUUUCCCAUUUACGCCCGUCGAAAACGUGUUGGUACAGACAGUGGCCGGAUCGAUGGGGACGAUGCCAUUGGGAUGUGGAUUUGUUGGGGUCAUGCCCGCACUGAAUUAUAUGCUGAAGCCCGAAGAACAGGGCCCUAUCUUCCUGAGUCUUUGGAAACUUAUACUCUGGGCUUUGGGACUCUGCUUCUUCGGCGUGGUAUUUGCUGUGCCUCUGCGGAGACAGGUCAUCAUCCGCGAGAAACUCAAGUUUCCAUCGGGGACCGCAACGGCCUUGAUGAUUGGGGUGCUACAUGGGAAAGAGGCGACUGUUGAUGGACCUAUCUCUCGCGCGACUUCCAGAGACCCCGCAGUGCAAGACGAAACCCUCCCGGAGCCAUAUCCAGAUAACGACUCAGCAGAUGUUGAAGAUAUAAUCAAAAGUCAGCAGGGCAGUUGGAAGUCCAAGGUCCAGCUCCUUGUGAUAUCAUUCGCAGUAUCUGGCCUAUAUACACUUGCCACUUAUUUCUUCCCAAUACUUCGUAACCUGCCCAUUUUUGGAUUUUCUCUCGCUGAGACCUGGCUUUGGACGCUCAACCCAUCCCUAGCCUACGUCGGCCAGGGCAUUAUCAUGGGCCCAGCGACGACGACACACAUGCUUCUUGGAGCAAUUGUCGGAUGGGGAAUACUCUCGCCGUUGGCGAAAAGCAAAGGGUGGGCAUCGGGUCCUGUAGACGAUUGGGAGACCGGAUCCAAGGGAUGGAUCGUUUGGGUCUCGCUGGCAAUCAUGUUGGCCGAUUCCGUGAUCAGUCUGGGUUAUAUCGCCUUUCACCCAUUAUUUAUCCAUGGUCCAGAAUACAUAGGCGAAGUGAGUCGCAAGAUUAAGUCUGGACACUGGAAAGAUCUUCUGCAAAUAAGACUUGGGAAGUCAAUCAAAGGAUACGCUCCUAUCGCUGGAGGUGAGGGAGUACCUACAAUUGUCGAUGUAGUCGGUUCAAGCCCUCGAAGCUAUCCUUCAACCAAUGAUCUCUCACCUGAAGGGGUAAAAGAUCUCCCUGAGCCCGAUGCUCCUCCAGAACAUCUGGUCAGCAACGGGACCGUCGUCAUUGGUCUAGUCCUCUCAAUCGUCUUCUGCGUAGCCGCUAUUCGAAUAGUAUUCGGAGCUCUCGUCCCCCUUUACGCCACCAUAACGGCUGUCUUCAUGGCCCUCAUCCUCUCCAUCAUGGGAGUCCGAGCCCUGGGAGAAACAGACUUGAAUCCUGUCUCAGGGAUCAGCAAGCUAGCCCAGCUCUUCUUCGCCCUCAUAAUCCCGCAAUCCAACAAGAACUCCGUCCUCGUCAAUCUGAUCGCAGGUGCUGUCUCCGAAGCCGGCGCUCUCCAAGCAGGCGAUUUAAUGCAAGAUCUGAAGACAGGGCAUCUCAUGGGCGCUGCCCCUAAUGCGCAGUUUUGGGGUCAGAUGAUUGGAUCCGCCGUUGGAGCGGUCGUGAGCGCGCUGAUCUAUAAGUUAUAUACCAGUGUAUACGAGGUCCCUGGGUCUCUGUUCCAGGUCCCCACGGGCUAUGUCUGGAUCUUUACCGCGAGACUGGUUACCGGCAAAGGGCUGCCUCACAUGGCGUGGCAAUGGGCGCUCGGUGCUGCUAUUAUUUUUACCAUCACGACCGUCAUUAGGGUGGCUGGCGUGGCAAAGCGCUGGCAUCCUUAUAUCCCUGGCGGGAUUGCCGUUGCCGUUGGAAUGUACAACGUGCCCUCUUUUACAUUAGCGAGAGCAAUUGGUGGCUUUAUCAACUGGUAUUGGCGGUCUUAUCGACGCCGUGAAGACACUCCAAUAGUAGUAUUGGCAAGUGGAUUGAUACUGGGCGAAGGGGUUGUCAGCAUUGUGAACUUGCUUUUGGCAAGCGCGAACGUUCCGCAUCUUUAG